GAUGCAUCCUUGUCACACAGAUCCCAUCUCUAUUGUUUCUAUUUUGUUGGACGCGGAAAAUUUUAUUUUUGUCAACUACAAUUAUGGCGUCUGUACAUUGCCAGCUAUGGAUGGGAAGUCUGGAGUCCUACAUGACGGAGAACUUCAUAAUUGCGGCCUUCCGAAAAAUGGGCGAAGAUCCGACCACAGUGCGUCUGAUGCGUAACAAAUACACCGGAGAGCCUGCCGGCUACUGUUUCGUCAACUUCAUAUCCGACGAUCACGCCCUGGAUGCCAUGCACAAGCUUAAUGGCAAACCGAUUCCCGGCACCAAUCCCAUCGUGCGCUUCCGUCUGAACUCUGCCAGCAAUUCGUACAAGCUGCCGGGCAACGAGCGUGAGUUCAGCGUUUGGGUGGGCGACCUUAGCUCCGACGUUGACGACUAUCAGCUGUACAAGAUCUUCUCCAGCAAGUUCACGUCCAUCAAGACAGCCAAAGUGAUUUUGGACAGUCUGGGAUUCUCCAAGGGAUACGGAUUUGUGCGCUUCGGCAUCGAAGAUGAGCAGAAGGCGGCGCUGUACGACAUGAAUGGAUUCAUCGGCCUGGGCACGAAACCGAUCAAAAUCUGCAAUGCUGUGCCGAAACCGAAAUCCGAGCUGGGCGCUGCUCUCGGCGUCAGCGGCAGCAGCACCAGCUACGGCUAUGCUGGCUCUGGAGGAACUUCGUCUCCGGCAGCCGGUGCGGACUACUCGCAGUACUACGAUCCCACCAGCACCUAUUGGCAGGGCUACAACGCCUGGCAGGGAUACUAUGAACAGGCUGGUCCCUCCAUCACCGACGCGGCCGCCUACUACCAACAGGCCAUGUCACAGUCCCACUCGAACCCCACGACGCUGGCCCAGCACGCAGAGGCCUGGAGCGCCCAGCGUAGCGCUCAGUACGAGCAGCAACAGCAGCAGCAGACUGCCGCCUCCAAUGGCGGAACUGACGAGGAUUUUGGACUAGUGGAACACAAAUUCGUCCUAGACGUGGAUAAGAUGAAUCGGGAGACCAUCGAUGCUGAUCGUCGUCUAUACGAUGCAUUGGAGAGCUCCAAAUGGCUGCCCAUCGAGCAGUUGGAGGUCUUUUAGGACAUUGUCAUGCCAUACAAUACAUUAAUGGAAGCUAAUAUAAUACUUUAAGUUUGUCAGGUCUCUACUAGACGACAAAAUAUGCAUAGAA